AAUUCAAAUCAAAUCAAAUCAAAUCAAAUCAAAUCAAAUCAAAAGCAUUAAAAAAUCGAUUGAAAAAGAUCUUCCUUUCCAAACAGAAUAAUAAGCAUAAUCCCGUCACAAAUCUUUCAAUCUUCCACGCAUUCUUAUUUAUACCGCUGGGUGUUGUCGUCCAAUUAUUCAAUCCUUAUUCUCUUGACUGGUUGGGCUGUACGCGGUAUUUAAAAGCGGCCAGUUUAAAACCAUUCUAACUGCACCUUUCCUAAACGGACAUUCAGCUACAGUUCCAGUCGGCAGGGGGGGUUAAAAAAGACACACAUUCGACACAUUCGACACACCACCCGAGCACCCCUCGCAAUCCUCGCAAUCCUCGCAAUCCCAGCCUUCCCUCUCGCUUUUGCCACUUUUCUCCCACUCUUCCUCUCUCACCGUCUUAUCUAAAAUUCAAUUCUUCUUUUGAAUGAGUCUUCAAAGACAAGAGUCAAAACUACCAUCGAAAAGAACAAGAACACAAGGGGAACAAACAAAUCGCCAGCUCAGAGAAAACAUCCCAGUCAUUAUUCGUCUAAAAGGUUAAAUUGUUUAGUUGCCUCUUCCUGGAGUACGACUUCAUAUUACACGACAUUAUUAUACCAGCUUCCGCGUCUUCUGCGUUACUACUCUCUGGGGUUGGAUAGGACCUUUUCAAAUCUUACUCUCUCUUCUCAUACGCUUCCCAAACUUCAAAGUUACUCAGGACCAACCGAUCCUUUCUCUUACUUCCACAGGAUUACUUCUUCUCGAGGCUCCCGUUCAUACCCCCUCCCCCGGAUAUUGAGAAAGUUUUCCACUUCUCCAAACAGGAUUUUCUUCUAGGCCGUUUUCUGACUAUCCAAUUUGUCACCGGUUAUUUUGUGUGCUACCACAUUUAUUCCCUAGGCUGACUUGUGUGUGAUUUGCAUUCCAAAAUCCUCACUUCUGGUCCUUCUCUUUCUCUUCCUACCAACUUUUUCCUGGAUCAUCAUCAUCAUGUCGCGACGUGACGAUAGAGAUAGCAGAGCUUCGCGCUCGCAACCGCAGCCACCACACUCAUCUGUUGGCAGGACAGGCCAGUUUGUUAUUGACGCUGAAGGUAUCGACAGAGAAGUUAUCACGGCCGAUAUCUGCCGGUAUCUUGGUAACGAUGCUCUCGUCAAACCGGGUGACGUGGAAGACCCGAGGACGAAACAACUGAAGCCUGUCUACGUGAUCACAGCUUACAGGAAUCUUACAAAUGCAAUGAUAUUUGAUUUAAAGCAGGCGUCUGCAGAUUGGCGAGCUGAGAGACUUGCUAGAUCGAAUGCACAAUACCCUACAAAUGGUAUCUCUUUAAGGGAUUCGAACGAGAUGGUUCGAAAAUCUAACACCCCUAUAGUAGUUGACUACAGAAGUUCAAAUGCACUCGAUCAAUCUAUUGCUCGAAUGGAUAGAAUGGAUGCAACACAGCCUCGACCUGCUGCACAACAAGGGAUGUAUAGUUCACCAUCGGCUGCUGUGCCCAGUUCCCAAUCAUAUCAACCAAGUGGCCAGGGUUACUCGGCGGGUUACAGUCAGCCCACAAGUUACCAGAAUGAUGGCUACACCCAGCCAUCAUCACAACCAUAUGCUCCUUCUACCCAAGGAUACCCUCAUGACUCCAGGACUUAUAUCCACGGAUCCAAUUAUUCUGUUGCUGAACCACCCGCUGGCCGCGGCGGAUCUGUUCCUCAGUCAACUCCUAGGACUCAAUAUCCACCUAGUACAUCCUACCAAGCACCUGCAACGCAGUACUACUCCCAAUCUGGACCACCUGCAUCAACUCCAGCAUAUGCCGCCCAUGCACCAACAGAUCCCUACUAUAGUAGUCGUGCUGCUCCAUCAGGCAAUUAUGAAUCCACUCCGGAGAUAUACGAUAGCAGAGCGUACCCGGAAAGUUCAGAUUACCAGAUGCAAGAUGCCGGAUAUACUGAACCAGGCUCGUCAUACCAGGAACCUGUAUCAUACUCUCAGCCAAUGCCAUCCGGACGAAGUGGCACCGCCACUUCUUCGUCUCAAAGACCGCGUGACCGGGACAGUAGGGAUGACCGUGACAGACAUCACCAGCGCCGCAGGAAUUGAUCUUCUCUCUGGGACGUAAUUGAUUUUUGCGAUACUGUUUCCUCGGACUUUUAUCAUGUCCUGGCGUUUUUUUCAUUGCUUUAUUCCCUGGAUUUACUGGAACACUGGACCAAUCAAAGGAAGCUCCUAAAUUAUGGAUCCAGACGAGACAAAGGGUACUUUACGACUUCAUCGGAAUCUUAAUAAAAAGCCAAGAAUGCAGUAGGUAUUGCAUCUUGGAUAUCGAGGUAUGGUCUUUAUAUUACCAGGAUUUUCUAUCAUACCCAUCGCUAGACUACAACCAACUGGACCGAAUACGGAAUGUAUUAUCGGAGAAUUACCACGGAUGUUUUAUCAUGAACUUUGCAUGUGCAGAGCAUUUAUCCCAGGCUUUAUGAGCUUCGAAGGACCAAAUGAGGAUAAUGGAUGUGUUUUUGCCUUCUUGCAUUUUUCAUCUGUCAGUUGCAUCAGUUUUUGCACACGCACAGGCCGUUGGGGCGCAUCAUGAGUUUAUGUUUUCUUGAAAGUUUCUGGAUUAUCUUAGGAUACCAUCCCUCAUACUUGCUGCCUUGGACCCAAAUUUCCGGAAGCCUCGCCGGCUGGUAUUUCCUCCAUACCACGUUUCGUGAUUUGGUUAGUAUCUUAAUACUCGUUAGAGCAUUCGGGUCUGGGUUCAGGCAGCAUUGUAGAGAAGUUUGUAUAUACAUCGACAGCAGCCAUUCAAAGGAUAAUUUCAACACUUCAAAACAAUGCCCAUCUACAUCAUCUCAUGGAUUCCUUUGUGGUCAAGACCCGACCAUGGAUUUUCAUCACUGACUUUCAAGCAUGGCCUCACAGCACAGGUAUAGUCAAACCAUCCGGUUUUGGGACCUCUUUCUGGAUUAGCCUUCUUUUCAUUUGGACCGGGAUUGCUACCCUUACGGACUACUAUCUCUUGGAUUUCAGAAGUUCAAACCAUUGGACGUGCUAUCUCUCGAUAUUCCCUCCGUUGCGUUCGUUCGAUUCAGGUGUGUAUCAUGGACCAAUCGGCUCAAUUAAAUCUCUUUUCGUCGCCUUGUCCAGAUGAAUCUCAUCGCGUUCCAGGACACCGGAACAUCUGACCUUUCCACGGGUUACAGAAGGUUGUUGUGCGCCGCUCUGACACAGUCCCGAGAAAUGAGGAGUGUGGCCCAAACAGAUACCCAACACCCAAGCAACUACACGAAAGAGACCCGGUAAAUCGACCCAUUGCAAGCAUAUCCCUGGUUUGGACUCGACAUUUCAACUCAAGAUUCAUCGCUCCCUCCAAGCGGGCUUGAAGAAAGACACACAAAUCAUCCAAAGUGGCCACUGAACCCUCCGAGGACUAUCUGCACCUUGCGGUAUUUUGUCAUAUCUCGCCCAAUCUCAGCACUCUCCAUUUUCUUGCGUGGUUUCAAAUCCAGGAUAGCAUACUUGAUCAUCAUUCAGCCCUCAUAAAGCAUAUCCACGCAGGACGUCCAAUGCCGUGGUCAUUUACUAGCAGCUGUUAGCUAUUCUUUCUGAAGACGGAUAUCCUAACCACGGGGCACAACGGCCGACUUUUACAGAGGGAAACCUUCUAAUUUGCCCUCUUCAUUGACUGCUGACAGCAAUAGGAAAUUGCUUGUCAAAAUUUGGAACCUUCAGAAAGAUUGUUUAGCUUCAAGAGCGUGUCAUUUCAAUAAUUUAUGGUGGCAAUAGUCUGUUAUUUCAUUCUUUGAAACUCUGCUCGCAUGUUUGCGGGCCUGAGUUGUACGAUUAGGAUCGGUUUCAUUCUACUUUUGUGGAGGGUUUAAGGACUUCAUAUUCGUUUCCGGUUGGGUUGUGAGGAAACAUAAUACGCAUGGCGGUUCGGUUGGUCAGUCGGUCGGUGGCAUGGUGUGGUCUUUGGCACAUAUAAUCAUUUCAAUCAUCUCACAAAACGGCAUAGGUGGCAUAAAUUUAGAUGCUAUUACGCCAUCGCUACUCAUGGCUUUUUAAUUACUAGUUUUCGUUUCAUGUUUUAUUUGGAUUUCUAUUUGCUAUAGUGCUGUGAUGGUAGACCAAUGGACGGUGUGUAAUGAGAUAAAUGACGGUUGAAACUGCAGCUUUCUGCAAUGUUUAGGAAAAGAAUGAAUGAAAGACGUUCUGGAGAACUAGAUUCUCCAGCCAAUUGUACAAAUGUUACUGGUCCCAAUCAAUUGACAUAAUGACUAUUUGAUCUAGGCAACGUAGAACUCGUGAAAUGGUGAAUUGACAAGCGUAUACUAUGCCUGAUAGCAGCAAUAAAGGGGCAUGU